ACCCGGCAUUAUAAAGCACACGUUGCAACAUUCCUUUUCUUAAAUUAAUUUAUAAAAAUAUAUUUUGUUUAAAUAUUUUAGUGAUAAUGUUAAGGACUAUCGUUUCUGUUUUACUUUUCUUAUUUCUCAAUAAUGUGGACGGUGCAAAUGUUACCACGUUUGUGUAUACGCCAAAAAUGGCCCAACAAUGCAAAGAGCAUAUCUGCCAAGACGGGUACAACUACAAAAUCUUCUAUAGCGUAGACACGGAUAACUUGAAGGCACUAAGCAAGGACUCUGAUACUGCCUUCGAGAUGCACCUGGGUAUACAAGCUACCAGCAAUGGACAUAUACUACUGUCGCCGGUCCAGAAACCUGGGUACAGUGACCCCGUUUAUGAGAUUGUGGUCGGCGGCGGCGGUAACCAAUUUACUGAGCUACGAAGGAACUUGAAGAGAAAUGCUCGCACCUCGGUCAAAACACCAAGAAUAUUAUCCAGUUUUGAAGUCAGAGGGUUCUACAUCAAGAUGUCUCAUGAUGGUCUAAUAGAAUUUGGCAAGGAGGGCGAAACUCUACCUCUGCUGCAGUACAAUGAUAUUAACCCUCUCGAAAUUAAAUACUUUAGUUUCGCUGCGUGGACGGGCGUUGAAGCUAAAUUUCUAUACGACUGCCCAAUACCGAAUGCCGAUGGAUCUUCACCAAACUCAAAAGAGAUUGAGCCCCCAAUGUCAAUGUCGGAUCAGUUAAAGAGGACUAUUCUAUUAUAUCGAUUGCCAUGGAUACCUCCAAAACCGACCAUGGACGUGAAAGUCGGAAUUAAAGUGACCAAUGUGAAGUAUGAUCCAUUUAUUUCAAAGCUUAGCACUUCCAUGUCUAUCGUUACCAGUUGGACAGAUGAAAGCAUGUCGUGGUACCCAGGCAAAUAUGGAAAUACGACAAGUCUCAAGUUUCGACAAGGACAGCUAUGGAAACCUAAGUUUUACAUUUUUAAUUGUGACAACCAGAUGCCUUUUGAUGCAGUGAACUCGGACCUUAUUUCAAUGGUACACACUGGUGAAGCGACCUUCCAUUACCAGACGACAGUCUCCUCUUGGUGCGUCGAUACACCUCCUGGUUACAGCAAGUGGCCUCGAGACGAAUACUUGUGCUCCAUAGUGAUUCAGCCUUGGGAAGCUCAUGAAAAAAUCUCAGUAGAAAUGAUUGAACCAAAUGACACCAAAAUGCACAUUUUUUCAGAUGUGAAUAAACGAAUCGAAAAUGUGUGGGACGUGUCUAUAAAGCUAUUGGUGAUAAAACCAACAGUAUGGAACCAAGUGUACGUCAGCGAUGACAAUGAAACACAUCAGAGUGACCGAUUGAUACUUAGUCUACAACUGAAAAGAAAGGCCACUGCUUAUAACAUUGUAUUCUAUACUCCUUUAUUAGUGCUUUUGAUGUUCGUCUUAAUGUCGUUUUGGAGUGAACCUCUGACUAUGGAAAGGAUUUGGUUUCUCGCUGGAUGUACCAUCGUCAUAACUAUGGGACUCUGCUAUGUGGACUUCUUGAUACCUUCACACUUAAUGCCUUCUAUAUUGAUACUGUACAUAACAGUUUUAAUGGGCGUACUGAUAGCGUUGCUGAUUCAGGCGCUGUUGAUAACAGAUACAUUUGAAAAGUUCCGCAAUUUACAGUUCGUGCAGAAAAUGUUGAAUGCACACGUUUUUAGGAUCAUUUUCUGUCUACCAGCGUACACGAAAUCAUCAGACAGAAACGGAGGAUACUCGUUGCAAGAAGAUGAAGAACCACAGUCUCCGAUAACAAGAGGAGAUGUAGAAGAGAUGGAGAAAGAGACUCCAAGGACAUGUGGAGAUAAGAAGGAGCUAGCAGAAGUUGUAGAUAAAGUUAUGUUCGUGAUUUACUUUGUUACUUUUAUAUCUAUGUUAGCUGCUCAUUAUUGAGUGUGUUUUGAAAUUUUAUACCCUAAGUAAGUUUAACCUUUUGGACCUAAUUUUUAACCGAAUUCCCAAAAAGGAGGAGGUUCUCAAUUCGGCUGGUAUGUUUUUUGUAUGUAGUCGGUAUCGAUUACUAAGUCAAGUCGAGGUUUAUUAAUCAAUUUGCGUGAUUCUCAUUGAUAGUUUAGAAGUCGGUCCCAUAAGCUCAUAACAAAAUGUAACUUACCGAUACUACCUAUACCUGCAUUGUACAUAGGUAUCCACUUUAGUUUAAUAUAAUUUUCAGGGGUUAGGUACAGGCAAUACAUUGAAUAUUGCUCGUAGUUUUUUUUUGGUUUUUAGGUUAGGUUUUUUGUGUCUGAUUUCUGCGUAUUUUGACGAUUUGUGGCAUAGUAUUAAGUAUACACAAAAUGUGCAAUUUAAGAUAUGUAUAUGUGAUCGGAUGCAGUGUUAUACAAUUUUGUAAUUAUAAAAACAAUAAUAACGUUGCUUUUACCUUUACCUUUACCUUUACACAUAGGACUUUUAUUUUUAUUGGAGUUUAACCUAUGUAAUGUAUGUUAAACUCAUCAAAAAAUAAUUCCCAUACUGCAGACUAACUGCCGCACUCAGAGACAUUUAACGAACAGUUAAACUACUCCUAGUAACGAUUUUGUAUCGAAAACUGGAUAAAAUAAAGACUGGAUUAAGUAACCAAUAAAUGACUCUGAGUACGGCAGUAAAUGGUACAAGUACAAGAGUAUCAGUUGAAAAAUAAAAUUUUCUUUCGUCUUCCUUUUUUAUUUGAGUUAAACAAAAUAAAGAAUUAAAUCCCAACUACUCUUUCACAAGACUAAAACCGUUGAAAAUUGGAUUUUAACGUUUCGAAAAUAAAGCUGGAAAUAUUAUUCUAGUAAAAUAUUGUAACAGACGUGCCGAGUAUUAACAAGAGAAUCGUAAAGUGGAAUGAGAAUUGUUUAACUCUCGAUACAAUGGCAUUACCGUCGUCAGCUUUAAAAAUAUUUUUAUAGCAACGACGGUAUCAUACUAGUGCUAUAAAAGUGCAAUAUAUUGUAUUCUUUGUUUAUAUACUACCUUUCGUAAACUAAUAAAGAGGAUGAAGUUUGGUAUA